AUUUUUGAGUGACGCUGAUUUCCAGCUCCACCAUCCAACCCCCGACUUUUCAGCGCCCACAACAAACAAGAGACGCCAACAAGCAUGGCGGCAUCUAGCACUGAUGCCAGCCAGUGCCAGCUUUUGACAGAAAGCGCCUACUCACUCGGGAGAAUCAGCGUCCUUCUCGCGGGCAAGACAACCAACCCAGCGGACAGGAAACUGCACAGGUUCUGCAAACGUCUGGGGCCCUUGUGCUUCGUCAUCCACAACACCCCCGACCCGCACAGCGAGCUGGUUACAAGUACAUUGGAUCGCUUCGAGUUAAUCCUCCAGCUGUCAGUGGCCAUCGCUAGCACCCCGUCAGAACAUCGUUCCUGGGGUUUCGGUUUCCAAGGCCUGCUUGGAAAUCUCACUGCCCGGUGGAGUGCCGACACUAGCGACGGCGCCAAAGUGAUUCCUUACCCGACACUUUCGUGGCUUAAUGAGCAAUGGAAGCAACGAUGCCGGAGAAACAAUGACGGCGCCAAAGUUGAGUUUGCCAAAAGAUGUUUAGGAUACGGCUCGGUCCUCAAAGGCACAGAUGAGGACGAACUCUUCGCGGUUCUGGAAGCGUGGCGGGAACAUGCCAACAAUGCAUCUCACCCCAACGCCCUUCCAAACGAAAAACCCCAAUGGGAGCCCUCGGCACUAGCAAAGCGAUGGAGUCCCCCGUCUCUUGAGGUGUGGAGAGCCGCCCGCUCCGUCUUCCAAGCUCUUGAAGUUUCGGCCGCUUGUGGCGAGCACUGUUCUCUGUGUAGGGGGCAAGAGCUGCUGGCCAAACUGCGGGUGGCCACGCAACGGAACUCUAGGAGUUGUGCCAGCAGCGAUGGGGACGACUUCGUCAUGCUUAUUGCGGGCGAGGAGAAGAUUACAGAGGCCCACGUCCGAGCGAUCGGAUCGCCCGAAGGCAAGCCAUCCAGAAAGGUCGCUUUUGCAACCGAGCCGCAAGGCAAGACAGUGGGCGCUGGCGGGCUUUGCCAGUCCAUGGAGUCAGUCGUGCGGCAACACCAGCGGCUUGAGCUGAGGUGGGAGAACGACAAGCUUAGGAAGUUGAAAUCCGAGGCCAGAACCUUGCACGUGGAUAACGAAGGGACCUCAGUAACCCUCGAGUGGCUUCUCAGCAGGGCAGAUUUAUCUGUCUGCAUCACGUUGAAAAGGAAGUACAUUCUCGCCGUAUUGCUCGGCUACGCAGUCCUGAACCUUCAUGACACCCCUUGGCUCCAGGCAGCAUUCGACCCUUCCGGCAUCCUAUUCUUCCCCAUGGCCUCGUCCAGGUAUUAUCUCAAGCCGUUCCUCACGAGGGAGCUUCGAGUACCUAGCCAUGUCAGUCGGGGGAUUCAGAAAGAUAACGACGGCACUCCAACAGGUGGUGACGAUCCUGAAACUGAAACCGACCCGGAUAUUUUGGCUCUCCACCCAGUCCCUACAUUCAUCACGCUCGCGGCCACGCUGAUGGAGUUGUAUCUGCAGAAACCGUUUCAAGUGCUGGCCAAGCGGUACUUCUCGGGAAGAAAUCCAGAAAAAAUGAGCAGGACAGAGUUUUUCGAUGUGGCGGCCUUGUUUGAUGAGGUUAGAAAGGAGAAGGAUAUCCCUGACGAUGCAGAAGAAUUUGCCAAGAGCAUUGAAAUGUGCCUCGAUCUGAACGUAUGGAUGGACGGAAGCGGUCAAAAACUUGCGGACCCAGACCUUAGGAGGGUGUUCUACAACAGAGUGGUCCGGCCGCUGGAGGAACAACUCUGCAGGGCAGACAAUGGGAUGUCCAUCGACGGACUCGACACCCUGACCGAGGACAUAUAUCUGGAGAUCGACCCCAUCCAUCUUCCUCCCAGAAAACCAAUCCACUCGGCGCGGGGACCAACUGCCGACAGUAUAACUCCUUGGACGAGGCGUCCGCCGAAGGGACGAGCCGAGUCCGCCAAUGGCCGACAACGUGAUCCUUAUGCUCAAAUCUUCGAUGGCUUCGAUGAGCACGAUGAAUUCAAGCGUAACUCAUACAAGGAGUGGAAAUGCCAAUUCGAAAAUGUCAGAGAACUCUUCUUUGACAACGUCGGCGAGAGCCCCAAGGACACCACGCCCGUUAAGAUCGCCGUGCUGGACACCGGGAUAGAUCUCGACCACGAAUGCGUAAGCGCCACAGAAGACAGGAUCAUGGAAAAGUGUAGCUGGACGAACAUCGGCCGCCCUCGCGGCGGCGUGGGAGAUGAGAACGGACACGGAACAUUCGUCGCAGGCCUACUCCUCGAGUAUGCGCGCGACGCCGAGGUUUACGUGGGGAAGGUUUGCAGCGGCCGGGAAGCGCCCUCUCAGUGUUUGCUAGCGAAGGCCAUUGAUCACGCUGUCAAUGUGUGGAAAGUCGAUAUCAUCUCCAUCUCGCUUGGCUAUCCGGAAAGCGAGCAUGAGAAAUGUAAACCUGGCACCUGUGGAGAGCCAAAGGAGUGCCAGAUACUCAAGGACACCAUUUUUGCGAAUAGCAAAGACGUCCUCAUAUUUGCCGCGGCAUCGAAUGGCGGCGCUAACCAGGGGCGGGCCUAUCCUGCCUCAGACGACAAGGUCAUCUGCAUACACUCAACAUCCAGCCUUGGGAGACAGUCCGACUUCAGCCCCGACGCAGAAAUCAGCCCGGCAAUCGCCACGGUAGGCGAAGCGGUUGAAUCGUGGUGGCCGAACCACCUCUUUACCGACCCCGACCCGGACGCGGAAGGGAUCAAGCACAAAUCCGGCACUUCGUUUGCGACACCCAUCGCGGCAGCUAUGGCGGCCAACCUGAUUCGGUAUGCGCGGGCUCAUCUAGGCAAGGAAAAGGCCGAGAGAAUGAAGGACAAGGAUAAGAUGAAGAGGGUAUUCGAAACCAUCGCGCAGGACAGCACGAGAGUCAGGGGACCGAAGACGGACCGCUACGACAGCGUGCAUUUCAGCAGGCACUCUCAUAAUUUCUUUGGCGGGGACGAGGACGAGGUGCACAGGAACCUUAGGGCACUGCUCUCGAGGUGAUAAGACCAAUGGAGCAGGAAUGAGAGGAGGCUGGAAACAGCCCUGGACUGUAAUCGGAUUGAAGUUCUCCUUCGCCAGGCAUUUUGCAAGUCGCGGCCGCUCACUCAGGGGACUUUUUGGAAAAGGCGCAGACCACCUCAGUAUCACCCUCGGUCACGCCGAAACUGUCUUCGCCUUCGUCCUCGGGGUCGUCCAUCUUGGAGACGAGAAAGCCGGGCCCAUGCACGACUCCCCCUCCAGUUUCGUUCCCCAGCAAGGCGCCACGCUUGUAGUCUUCCUGCUUGCGGACCUCGCCCGUGUCCUUGUGCGCGUAGACCCUCCGGACCCUAAAGGCGAGAACAAAGGGCUCGCUGCCGCCCCAGGCCACCCCGGUGCUUUUGUCCCUGCUCAGGUCGGCAGCCACCUCCACCGCCGCCGGCGCCGCGC